AAUCUCUAUAUCACAUCUCAUCUCACCCCAUUUCACACAUUAUCAUUCAUUCAAACUCAUAAACCAAAAUUCUCAUUCAAACAUGUUCACUUCCAAAUCUGAUCAAACCCAAAAAACCAUCCUCCAAAUCAAACAAGAUGACAAGUUUUUCUGCAGACUUCUUACAAAAGAAAGUUCCAUUUCCAAUCCAUCUUUUAGAAUAACUCUCACUGUCCCUUUUGUUUGGGAAUCUCAACCUGGCACACCUAAACACACUCUCUCUCAACAAUCCCUUCCUCCUCUCACUCCUCCACCUUCCUAUUAUUCAUGCAAAUCAUUGCCAGCUAAGAAAAGUUUGAGAUCCAAUCUCUUUCAUGCACUUUUCCCAAAACUAAAUCUUAAAAAAUCCAUUAUGUCUUCUUCUUCUUCAUCUUCAUUAUCAUUAUCACCUUCUAACUCACCUUAUUAUUCAUCUUCUUCUUCUUCUUCAUGUUCUUCAUCUAACUCAUCUAAGGUUGUUCCUAUAAGAAAGGUUAUUGGAACCAAGAAACGUUUCUUGAGCUGUGGUUCAUCUUUUGAUUUUAGAGGAGAAGAAGAACAUGUUGCUUCACCUACUUCAACACUAUGCUUUGGUCUUCCUCGUUCAACUAGCACUAAGGUUAAUAGUGGAUUCCUAGGAUUCUCCAAAAGGUAAUCUUUUAAGGUUGUUUUGUAAGCCCAGUGCAUGUUUGGAUUCACGAUGAAUUUAGAUUUUUAAGUUUUAAAGUGUAUUAUUUGUCAGAAUCGCGUUUAUGAUUCUGUCAGACUCGUCGUCGAUACAAAUAUGCGCUUAACUAGAAUUGUAAUUAAUCUCUUUGAUUUUCUCUUGAUGUUUAAAGAGCAACUUAAUUUUCUAGGAUAGUGUUGGUUUUUGAGUUUGUUUCUUAUCAAAUAAUGUGUUUGAUUAAUUAUAAUGUGUAUUAUGAUGUCUUAUGAUGUUUAGACUUUGAACCAUCAUACAUGGCUUAUGUAUGGUCUUUGAAUUUUGUGCUAAAACCUUAAUUUCUAGCAAGAUAUCUUGUUGUA